AUGAUUGUGUCUUCUCAGACUGGACCGCGUGGGGGUACUGCUCCAAAACUUGCGGAGUUGGUCAGCAGACACGGAGUCGCACAAUUAUCUAUGAACGUGGAAUUGACGGGCACGGCUGUUAUGACAGUUUGGGGGGAAGUCAAGGAAUGCAUGAAUGCAGAAGAGUGCACAGCCAGAGAUUGUGUCUGGGGUUCUUGGUCUGAAUGGAGCUAUUGCUCUCGCUCUUGUGCGGGUGGGAUGCGGACUCGCACUCGCCAUAUCCAGACAGUGCCAAACAAGCAUGGCAGGCAAUGUGACGCCGAGAUUAAGGAAGCAGUGGAACCCUGCAACACUCAAAAGUGUUCGGAGUCCGACUGCACUGAUGGUGCAUGGGGCCAAUGGUCUGAUUGGGCACCCUGCUCAGUGUCCUGCGCGAGAGGAAUAACCUUCCGCAAGCGACAUGUCAACCACACGGCCAGCGACUGCGGCAAUUUUCCACCAGGGAAGAGCCUAGAGACGCGCGUUUGCGAAGUCAAUGUGCCAUGUGUCCCAGAUAGAGACUGUGAAUUUGAAGCGUGGGACCUUUGGGGGCCUUGCUCCGCACACUGCGAUGGAACUCAGGAAAGAUUACGGGCUGUCAAACGCUAUGGACUUGGUGAUGGUAGUUGGUGCCAGGGCGCUUUGAAAGAGAUCCGUCCAUGCCGACCGCAGCUUGGUGAUCCACGCCCUGAAGGUUGCAGUGUCGAUGACCCGGUGGAUUGUGAGAUGGGCGAGUGGACACGAUGGAGCAGUUGCACUUCUGGAUGUGAUGGUGGAGUUCAGAGACGCACGCGAGUUGUGGAUCAGCGUGCUUCGCACGGUGGCCGUGGCUGUUUGGCUGCGCUGUCCGAAGUCCAGGAAUGUAACCGUCACUUGUGCCAUGGUGGGGACCAACCCACUGACUGUGAAGUUGGGCAAUGGGAAGAUUGGGGAAUUUGCAAGGGCCCAAGAGUGCAUGUCUCGCUUUGA